UCUGCGCUCACUCUUUUCUCUCUCAAUAUUCCUCACAAAGCAAAGCUUCUUCGAUUCCUCAGGAUCGAUUUUAAAAACCAUGGAGAGGCUAACAUCUCCUCCUCGUCUGAUGAUAGUCUCGGAUCUUGAUGAUACAAUGGUCGAUCAUCAUAAUGAUCCUGAAAAUCUCGCUCUUUUGAGGUUCAAUUCAUUGUGGGAAGACACAUAUCGCCAUGAUUCUCUUCUUGUUUUCUCAACUGGAAGAUCACUAGAGUUGUUCAAAAAACUUAGGAAAGAGAGACCAUUGUUAACUCCUGAUGUUAUCAUCACCUCUGUGGGAACUGAGAUAGCUUAUGGUAACUCCAUGGUUACUGAUGAUACUUGGUUUGAAAUCAUGAACCAUAAAUGGAACCGAGGAAUUGUAGAAGAAGAAACCAGCAAGUUCCCUGAGUUAACUCUUCAGAGAGAAGCUGAUCAGAGGCCAAACAAGGUUAGCUUUUUCAUUGACAAGAGUAAGGCUCAGGCAGUGACCAAGGAGCUAUAUCAGCGGUUAGAGAAACGUGGGUUGGAUAUCAAAAUCAUUUUCAGUGGAGGAAGAGCUUUGGAUGUUUUACCAAAAGGAGGAGGAAAGGGACAAGCUCUUGAUUAUCUUCUGAACAAACUCAAGACUCAAGGAAAAAUUCCUGUUAACACUCUUGCUUGUGGGGACUCUGGAAACGAUACUGAACUGUUUACUAUUCCUAACGUUUAUGGUGUCAUGGUAAGCAAUGCUCAAGAAGAGUUGUUGGAGUGGUAUGCUGAAAAUGGGAAAGAAAAUUCAAAGAUAAUCCACGCGAGUGAGAGGUGUGCGGGUGGGAUUAUACAAGCGAUUGGUCAUUUUAAACUCGGUCCAAACCUUUCUCCGAGAGAUGUUUCUGACUUCUUAGAAUGCAAGGUGGAUAAUGUGAACCCUGGUCAUUUGGUUGUGAAGUUUUUCUUGUUCUGUGAGAGAUGGAGACGAGGUGAAGUUGAGAACUGUGAGACAUAUACAGCAAGCCUCAAAGCUUCAUGUCAUCCUGCUGGUGUCUUUGUUCAUCCAUCUGGUGCUGAAAAGUCUCUCAGAGACACUAUUGAUGAGCUUGGAAAGUAUCAUGGAGACAAAAAGGCCAAGAAGUUUCGGGUUUGGACAGAUCAGGUUCUUGCAACAGACACUAGUCAUGGGACUUGGAUAGUAAAGUUUGAUAAAUGGGAACAAACUGGGAAUGAAAGGAAAUGCUGCACAACAACUGUCAAAUUCACCUCAAAGGAGAACGAAGGAUUUGUGUGGGAACAUGUGCAUCAAACAUGGUCGGAGGAAUCAGAGGUGAAGGAUGAUAGCAACUGGAUCAUCUAA